AUGUGCCCAGAGGCCGGGACGCUUAAGGUUUCACGUUUCACCAUACAACCAGGUCUUUCUAACAGCGUUAUUGUAGCCGCCUUCCAUGGAAUCUGGGUUGGAGGCAGUAUUUGGAGUUUACCAGCAGAGGAGCGCCUGAACAUCACCCUAAGCAACUGGAUCUUGACCAAAUUUUGGCCACCCGCCCAGGUUUUCGUUAAGGUCUCCAUCGUUAUCUUGCUUCGCAAGCUCCUCGGUGCCGUCACUUGGUUCCGACGAGCUGCUACUGCAGUUAUUGUAUUUGUGGUUGCAUGGGGAAUUACAGGACUUAUAGGAAACAUCUUUCAAUGCUGGCCUGUUCAGUAUUUCUGGAUCAAGCACAUUGAGGGCCAUUGUAUGGAAGGGCAAACGACGUUCUUCAUCAUCAUUGGCAGUUUAUCGACCGUGGAAAACGUCGUCAUUGUUCUAUUACCUCUUCCAGUGGUCUGGAGGCUUCAAAUGCCUCUCCAAGAGAAGAUAGAACUGACAUUUCUGUUUACAGUGGGCUUCCUAGUUUGUGUCUUCAGUGUAUUGCGUAUAAUCCAGCUUAAGAACUAUCACACUGAUGAUCUCACCUACGGCAGCGCACUGUCAUUGGUUUUCGCAAUUCUUGAAUUGAACACGGCUAUAAUUUGCGGUUCGCUCAUAGUAAUGAAACCCGUCUUCCGCUCAUGUGUUGAAACACUUCGACGGGGUAUCACCAAGUUAACCGGCUGGUCAACUUCUGACAGCUCUGGAAGUGCAGGACAUGAAUCAUGA